CGCUUACGUCACAGCACUACGGCAAACAGCCAGCGACACGCUUCAUUCUGCUGCAGUUUCUAAACACGCGGAGCUGCAUAUUGAAAGUAUAGCUAUCACAGCCUUGAUCACAGAAGACGUUUCUGGCCACCAAGAUGGCUCUAGAACAGCUCUGUGAUGUGGUCCAGAGAUGUCAAGCAAUCAAGGAUGAAGGCUUCUCACCGAAAGACUAUGAUUUAUUCUUCACUGCAGGAAGAACCUGUAUAGAGCAAGGCAACAGUGCUCAGGUUCUCAGCAUCCUAGUUGAUGAGAAGAACAAGAACAUAGUGAGAUGCAUGGGCUGGAAUCUGCUGGGGCCAAUAGUACAGAUCCUCUUGAAGAAGGAAGACAGAAACCUUCACCACUGCCAUGCCAUCCUGUCACAUCUGCUGGAGGUUUGCAGUCCUAAAGAGCUGCUGGUGGGUUUAUUGGAGCAGAUGGAAGAGGCUGAUACUGGCUCCAUCGCUGAGACAGUUACUCUCCUCCUCAAGCCUUUACAAACAGUGCUGCUGCAGCUGGGCAUGAAGAAGGCCUCGUCUGUGGGCAUGGCUCUCUCCACACUUCUUAGCCAGGUGGCCAGAUUGCCGGUGCCUGUCACCAAAGAGGAGGAGGAGGAGGAUGCUUGUGGUCUAUGUCACUGCUGCACUGCUCUUCUACAAUUUGUCAAGCCCUUCGUUGAGGAGAUCAAGGAGGGUGUCAAGGAUAACAACAGAAUAUCCAAGGACAAUGAGCUCAGAGUUGAACUACUCAAGUUCUGUAUGAAGAGUUUAAGUAAUCCUCUACUGGAGGUGCAGUUGAAAGAUUCAGACACACUUCUGAAAUCCCCUCUGAGAGACUUUGCUACAGAGAUACUGAUCAUUUUGUCAAGUAUUGGGGAGUCACUCCCUGAUUUGUUAAGUCGUAAUGUACUGAAGAGAAGGGAGGUCCCAGGUUUUCUUGAAGAGGAGGUAAGAUACCCAAAGGAGUCACUGGCCUGCUUGUCCCACCUGCUUUUUGUGGAUCAUAUAGCUGUGGACAUCUUUCCAGCUGUUCUCAGUCCAAUUUUUGUUCUGCAAUGCAACAUGGAAUAUACUGAUCUGCUGUUAAGCAGAACUGAAGAAUCCCGUCUGCAGAAAGGACUGGAACUGUAUGAAAAAAGUCUAAUCAGAGUGGAAGAUAACAGUCUACCAGUAGAUCUUUUGGAGCUGAAGACAUUUUUCAGUGUUCCACAGAAUUUGGUUAAAGUUAUGACGCUGUGUCCAGACCAGACUUUGAGAACUAAAGGCCUGAAAGUGUUUCAGCUGAGUAUUGACAAAUUCAAUACAGAGGCCAAAUACAAGUUUUUCAAGGGCAUGUUGAAAACAAGUCACCAUGCAGGGGUGGAGGGAUAUAUAAUCAAGAACAUCAAGAACCAGAUUGACUUUUCACUCAAGCCAUGUAAUGGUAAUGAUUGGUUCCUGGGUAAGCAUCUGCUGCCACUGCUGCGGCUAGUGCUGUGCCUUCCACAUGGACCAGAAACAGACCUGCUGCAGAACUUAGACAGGAUCAUGGAAUCACUGAACCUCCUGAGAUACUUGCUCAUCCGAGAUAAAGAAUGGGAGAAUGAGACUGGAAUCUGGACAGAGCUUUAUAAGAUUGAGGACAACUAUCUGAAGCCACUGAGGACCGGUCUGAACAUGUCUAAAGCACAUUAUGAGGCAGAACUGAAGAGCGCGAAAGAAAAUAAGAAGAUCGGUUCAAAAGAAACUAAAGCAUCAGUCUGCACAGUAACAGUUGACAAUGAGAAGCUGCCCAACAUGACACCAGAAAUGCAGAUUCAGGUUCUGCAGUCAGCCGUCUUCACAUUUGAUCUGAUAGAGAGUGUCUUGACAAGAAUUGAGGAGAUAAUCGAGACUAAAGAAAGACCCCUGUCGUGAUGUGAGGGACUCUAUGAUCCCUUCAACAUCUUUCCUUUCGGUGUCUCUCUGUCUACUCUGGCUCCAGUUGCGCAUCACUAUACAGAAACAUAUUAGUUAAGUAUAUAUACAGUGAGAAAACACGGAAAUCAUAUUUGUAACUCUUUUUUGGAUAGAUUUUCAAGGUUUGGCCACUGAACUAUGAUUGUGCGAAUUUGUUUGUACAUUUCAAGAUACUAAUGUAGAAAAGUCAUGUUAGGUUGCCAAAAAACAUAUGACAGUACAAAAUGAUGUUGGAUUAUUAUUAUUUUCAGGCUUGAAAUGUUCAGCUUUGUGUAUGUCAGUCACAAAAAACAAACACUGUGAACUAUGCAAAAGUAUUGCACAGAUUAAGAUUGAAGCGGAAAAUGACCUAGAGCUUUAAGAUGCUGUUUGUACCUGCAUUUUUGCAUCUUUCUUGUCUGUGAAAUAUCUGCUCUUUUGUGAGGGGAAUAUUUAGCAAUUUUGUUCUCUUCCGAUUUUGCUUUGAGUAAAUACCAUUGUUUUCCACAUGCAGUUUUUCUUUUCUCAUAGAGGGUCUCAUUCACUAACCAUGUGUAAUGCACAUAAAUAUAUAUAAAGUGUGA